GCGCCGUUCGCCAGCAUCAGUGGCCACCUUACCGCCAGCUGUGACGGGCAGUAACAGUGCCUGCCUCGGCAAACACCCUUUUAACUACAGUGCCAUUAUCAUUACUUAAUUGUGAUUUAUUUAUAAUAAAUGGUUAACAUUAAACUAAUUUACAUGUGCAUCUUAUAAUAUUGCGCCAAAAUGCAUUCGGUCAAUGUUCUCACUUUGGUGGCAGUGCUCACAGUCGGAUACAUAGACUCAGUGGGUGGGCAAUCGUUGGCGUGCCCUGCCGUGCGCACGAGCAGUGGGUGGCUGGACCUAUUCCCGUUGCCAUGCAAGAAGAACUCAGAGUGUCAAGUUAUGGGGAACCAACAUCUGUGCUGUAAGGGCUUUUGUACCAAAGGCAUUAAGGCUUCUGGUGCAAUCCAACAGCAACGAAAGGCCCAGAUAACGAGUAGCACAAGCACAAGUACAAGCACGAGCACUAGUAGCACUACGACCACCACGAGUACAACGACUACUACGACCACUACAUCUGCCCCAAGUACCACCAGCACGACGACAACGACCACCACCACGACCACGCCUCGCCCGACGACCACGACCACAGAAGCGCCUCGGCCGUUCCUGCAACUGUUGCCCAUCCAGCUACCGCAAGCAACGACCCAAGCCAGCGCGCCAGUAAAGACCAGCAAUUCCAUAACUGCUGACGUAACCUAUUCACACAAUUCUGGUUCGGUUUACGGGUAUAACGUGGAUUACUCGAGUACAGGCAAGACGCAGAAACUGGUGUGUCCUAAACCUGGACAAGCACCAGUGGUGCUGUUCCCAAUCCUGUGCGAGAAAAACUCGCAAUGCCGCGCCACCAGCGGACCCGAUCAAGUGUGCUGCGAGGGACGCUGCGUGAAAGGUGUUCCGGCGCCGCGGCCUACCUCGAAACCCAAAUCGCACCAACCAUUAUUGGGUGUUAUUCCAAGAGAAUGCCCAGCCACACCGCUCGGGGAGUUGCUGUUUGAAGUGCAGACUUGCAAGACAGACGCCGACUGCUGGCCGCGAAUCUGCUGUCCGGACGGCACCCGGUCCUACUGCCGCACAGCUAAAGCUAGGCUCGAUCUUGUGCCUGUUGCCAACCAAAUUGAUGGACCGGUGCGGAUGCUCGAGCAAUACUUGCAGUGCACGCCUCCUCCACAAUAUGACCUGUUUCCACAAAAGUGCAGCUCCAGUGUGGACUGCUUCCCCAACCUGUGCUGCGCGGAAGGCGGCAAGAAGCACUGCAGGCCGCCACAACGUAGUCUUAUAGCUUUGCUAGCUGGAGUUGGACAGAGAGUGGGAUCUACUUUAGUCAACUUCAGGCAGUCGCAAAAUCCAAAUAAUUAAAUUGUAAAUUAUUAUUGUGAUAGUAAUUAGUUUUUUAUACUUUUGUACAGUUUUGUAAAAUAAAAUAUUUACUUUA